AUGCCGCAGCAGCUAGGACUGUGUGGCCACUGGUGGCGGCUCUGGCGGGUGGCCUUCUACGCGUCUUAUCCGGGCGAGCAAAAGACGCUAUGGGAAGCCUUCUACUUCUCUCUGCAGACGCUGACAACUGUUGGAUUUGGGGACGUCUAUCCGGUCACGCGCGGUGGCCGUGCGUUUGCGACUGUCUGGAUGUUACUUGGGGUCACAGCUGCAGCCAAUACCAUUGUGACUCUGACGGACGCUAUCCUCAAGUAUCGCAAGGAACUUAAGGCCGACAACUUGAGCAAGGAACUUCUCUUGCAGAUGAGCCGGGACGGCUCGGGGAAAGUGCAGAAGAUGGACUUCCUUUGCUAUGAGCUGGUGCGCCGUGGCCUUUGCGACAGCGAUGAUCUCAGUGACAUCCUGAACCUUUUCCUCCAGCUCGACCACGAAGGAGCCGGCUUCCUGAGAGCGGAGGAUCUCUGCAACAUGCGACCGAAGCGGUCUGCAUGA